AUGCAAGCUUUUAAGAAGAAAUUACAGCAAUUAGUGUAUUCUUUUAGUACCGAAGAUCGGUAUGCGGAUUACGAUGAAGAAGCUGCCAAUCCAGAUGUUGCUGCUGGAGUAGAACGGUCGAUAACUGAAUCUAACCAUGGUUCCCAAAUCCAAUUGGCGGAUUAUGUGGAUGGGUCGAACCCCAGUGGCAACGAGGGUAUCAAUGAAGCACUUUUGGCAUGGAGACAUAUCGAUAAUUGGACGUCACAACAUAAUCCUGAUUUGGCAGCAACGUUGAGUGACCCAUGCACAAGACACGACAUCAACAAUGCUGAGAAGGAUUUAGAUAUUAUUUUCCCCGCUUCAGUAAGGGCAUCUCUAAGGUUGCAUGAUGGUCAAGAAGAUCUAGUGUCGAUGACAGGCACUGGGGGUUUGUUCUUUGGGCUACAGUUGAUGGGACUAGAUGAAAUCGUUCAAAUGACAAGAACGUGGAGAAAUGUGGCUGAAAAUUUGGAACGUAAGAACCAUGAGUUACAAAUUAAGAUGGAUAAACAUCAAGAGCUGAAUGGCACCACUGUUGAUUUGCCAAACCAACAAAAAGGAUACGGUAAAUUAGAAAACCAAGAUUACAAAGCUAUGGAUCCAAAUCUUCAAAGGAAUAUUUCACAAAACUAUAAGAAGCAGUUCAAGCUACCAGAUAUCCCAGACCAACAUUCUGUUCCGCCAUUGGCCAUUCAACAAGUCUAUGCUAACUCAGGGUGGAUUCCAUUGGUAACGGAUAAUGCAGGGAACCACAUCGGUAUCGAUUUGGCACCGGGACCAAAGGGUAAAUACGGUCAAGUUAUCCUUUUCGGAAGAGAAUUCGAUACUAAAUUUGUUGUUGCAAGCAAUUGGGGUGAUUUCUUGUUAAGUUUUGCCAAUGAUUUAGAACUUGGUAAUUGGUUAUUGAUCGAUGAAGGUAACGACCAGUUUGCUGGUGAAGGUGAACUUGUGUUUAGAGACAAAAAGAGUAAUGGCCCAGUUCGAGAUUACUUAGAAGUUUUGGUAAUGAGAUCAAGAAUGAAGUGGAACUCCUUUACCGAAAGAAAGCUGCCCGAAGAACCUAAAAGAACUGUUUCAUCAUCUCAAGGGUCUCAAAAUACUGUAGAACCUGCAGAACAACAGGAAACAGCUUUGACUGUUGAUGAAACUUUGGAUGAGAAGAACGACACUUCCUUAUCUGUAGACAAUACUGGCACAAAACAGGAAGUUAAGGAUCCUGAAACGACAGGUACAAAGACAGGAUCUAGCGCUAAAGCGGAAGACAAUCUACCAAAGACUUCAAAUCCAGAUGAAGUGAUGGCAGAUGGUGCUGACACACAGGAGACAAGCAAACACGAACAAAACGAAAGCACUAAUGCUGUAGAAAACACCGAAACCAGUCAAGAAGGUGCAGUUGAAACUUCAGAAAAGCCUGAGGAAAAGCCCAAGAAGCAAUCGAAGAAAGCAUCCAAGAAAAAGGGUAAGAAGGAUGAAAAAAAGGACACUGAUAGUAAAACAAAAGAGCCAGAAGUGGAGGAAGAAACCGAGUCCCACUUGGCUAAUUCGGUUGAGAAGUUAAAGGACGAUUUCGAAAACGUAGCUCUUUGA